AUGGUACGCAAACCGUUACGAAACAUAUCCAAGAUCGAGGUUGGUUUCAGAGGAUUGAUCCAAAAUAAUUUCCGUCAUUUAUAUGUGACCUACACUUUUACCAUGUCCGGUGCUGUUACCAAGGUGAAGAAUCAUACACAAAAUCACGUAUUCUUUAAUGAGGUUGUCACCUUUGAUUACGAUAAGCCAAUUGAUCUGAUUGCAGGAGAAUCACCUCCUGUUGAGAAGCAAUUUAAUUUUUGCUUUCCUACGGAUCAACAUCUUCCAAGCUCUUGCGAAAAAUUGGGUGGUGUUGCCGAUAAUGAGGGAAACAGCACAGUCAGCUACUACGUCUUUGUGCGCGUGAAAAAUCAAGGUGAUCUCUUGCAUCCCGAAGAUACCAACGAAUACAAAUUCCCCUUAAAAUUUCAGGGAUCCAGCGAAUCUUAUGCGCCAGAUAUACUGAAGAGAAUUCAAGUUUCGCACACCUUUGAAGCUAAAUUGAAAAAAAGAAUAUAUGACGCUGAACUAGAGAGAAUGAUUCCGAAUCCUAUAGUGAAACCCCGAAAGUUGAGUCGAAACAUUCGAAAACUAUGGAACGAUAACUAUAAAAUAGAGAAAUAUCAGAAUUUGGCUAAAGAUGUUACUCUUAAUUGUCAGUUUGUGUUCAACAAAAACUUCAAUCUCAAUCAAUCACUAGAUGAUUUGAUCAAGCUUCGGUUUUCUAUUAAGGAUCUGGGUACCGAAUUUCAAGUUGGUGGCGAAUCUACUGGUUUAGGAGAGUUUAUUGUGAAGCAACUGGAGUUGCAGCUCAUCCAUGACUUGAAGAUCAGAACAGAUUAUUUUAUUUACAAGACGAGAGUCAAAGAUGAUCUUUAUCUUGUAAAGCCCAAACAGGGAGUUCUGAUGGACGUAAAGGACUUCCAGUUUGAUUCUAUAGCAAAUGUUUGGUAUAGAGAUAUGACAAUCAGCGAAUUGACGGGGAACACUUCCAAUAUACCUCUAAUUGAUGAACUGAUUCGUCCAGUAAUGUGUUCUUACGAUCUUGAUUCGCUAUUUUACGGUUAUACCAGCUUGAACUUUAUUUUAGAUGUUGGUAACGCCGAGACUGAGAAUUCUGAAACAAUCAAGUUCGAAACUGAGGCUUCUGGCGUAGUGACCUACUUUCAAUCAUUACCAGCUUAUGAUGAAGAAUACGCCUCUCCUCCACCUGCAUUUUCUCCAUAG